GCAUUAGUCAAAGCGCGCUGCGCAUCACGGAGGUAAUCCGAGGGCUAUAAAUAAGGCCGUAGACGGGACAGCUCGGCCUGUCGCUGAUGUCGGAGAGGUAUAGAGGGAUAGAGGUUAAAACCCUUCAAAGAGCUGCAAGCUGCUCCAACAUGCACACACUCUGACCCGCCUCGUGUUGGGAUUCUACUCAACCGGACCCACGGAGAUAUCCCGCACAUAUCCCACGCUUUAACGCAGAAAGUAUUUGGUUUUUAUGAACGCAGCGAAGAUCCACCGAGGAGAUUGAUGUGUUUUUUUAGACUUUUUAUUGGCACUCGGCCCGACCUAGACGGACUGCUGCUAAAUUUAUGGGACGGUGAAUGUGUCUUUAUCUUUUUAUGCUUUUUACUAAUACCCAGACUGCAGCUCCAGCAGAGAAAGAGAUUUCCUCACUGGGUUGUUUUGGUUUCCGAGGAGGGAAAGGCGAAGUGUUUUUGGGGUUUGAUUUUCUCCUGUGGUGUCUGUGUGGGGCGUGCCACACACCCACUCCUCAACAACGACGGCUUUUGCUUGCAUCUUCCAGUGUUUCUUCUGUCAGCAAGUUCAGCAGAGCUGCAACUCUUCCAGUGCCAGUCCUGACACCAGCGAGGAGCCCUGCCCCAUUGACAUGGUGAAGAUGACCAAGUCAAAGACCUUCCAGGCUUACUUGCCGAGCUGCCACCGCACCUACAGCUGCAUCCACUGCCGGGCACACCUGGCCAACCACGACGAGCUCAUCUCAAAGUCAUUUCAAGGCAGUCAAGGAAGAGCCUAUCUGUUUAAUUCAGUGGUGAAUGUCGGCUGCGGGCCAGCUGAGGAGCGGGUACUCCUCACAGGUUUACAUGCUGUGGCUGACAUCUACUGUGAAAACUGUAAAACCACCCUGGGUUGGAAAUAUGAACACGCAUUUGAGAGCAGUCAAAAGUACAAAGAGGGAAAGUUCAUCAUCGAGCUGGCUCACAUGAUCAAGGACAACGGAUGGGAGUGAUGCUCCUCUUUUCUUUUUCUGACCAUGGAAUGCUCUUUAUUGAACUGCGUGGAGCGACGACCAUCGACCACCCUGCCCCCCCCCUCCCAAACCCCUUUAAAAAAAAAAACUUCUCCAUCCCGCCUCCUUCACGUGCACACCCACCCACCUGGUCAUCGUGAAACAGAACAGAACAAAUGACAUACAAAAAAAAAAAAAGAAAGACGACGAGGAAGCGGAGCAACUGUUGAAAAAUCACGUCACAGGAGUCCUGUCGUUACUUUAAAGAUUGUGUGUUCUCCUUCGCAUCGCCGGAGCUUUUUGGGCUUGACCCCCGCCCGCUCACUCUCACCUCCCUCCCCACCACCGAACCACGCUUAUUAACAAGUGAUUGUGGUGAUAUGGCGACCACUACGCGAAAGGAGAGAGACUUCACUGAGGCGACAAGGCUUUGGUUUUUUCUUUAUUUCGCCCACCAAGCGAGACAGACAAUGAUUAUUUUUAAGGUUAUUUGCUAUAGUUUUAGUUAGGUAAGGUUUUGGUUUGAUGGCAUAUGGAUGUUACUGGUUAGCAUUUUAUUUCCCUGUCAGGUAUGUCAUGUUUUUUUUAUUUACAUUUUGUUUUUUUGGGCUUGUUGUAUCUCUGCCUAUAGCUGAGCAUGCUUUUCUUUGCUAAUGUCCAAAUGAGCAAUCAGGGACUGGUGAGGAGCGGAGGGGAAAGGGAGUUUAUUGUAGUUUAAAAUAUGUAGCAGAAUCUUGCUUUUUAAAAAAAAAAAAAGUUGCAAAGGAUGGGAUUGUAGUAGUGUGGGAUUUUAUUCCUGAUAUUUCUUUUUUUUUUUAAAUCUUUUUUUCUUUCUUGUGAAUUUUCUUAAUUACCCCCAACCCCCCUUCCCUCCCCGGUACUUUUCAGGACCCAAAAAGCAUUGAAAGCAGCACCUACUAUUUGUUUGACAUAAAUGGAUAUACAUACAUAUAUAUAUAAAUAUAUAGAUAUAUAAAUAUGUUUAGUGUUUGGCUAAGUGCGAUUGUGGCUGGUCCCGUUUUGCAGCAAGUGAAAACAACUUGAAAAGGAGCAGAAAUAGUUUCUAGUUUGGGGAACCUGACAUCAGUGGCCACAUGUCAUAAAGCAUUAGGGCAGACUGUAUUAUUCCAUUGUCUAGUGAUGGCACACUAAGAGACACUACCA